AUGAGACGAAAAGUAGUUCCAGAGAAGAUUAGCUCAACGUCCGAUGGUGCUGAAUCAACUUUGAUCAGCGGAACUGAAGGUGUAUCGAAUCCUGCAGAGCCAGAGCCUUCCGAAGUACAUCAAAAUGAGCUCUUUGAAGAAAAUCCAGAUGAAGAAGAUGUUUAUGCUUUUGUAGAUGAAGAUGAAGAUGAGGCUAAUCCUCAUGGUGUAGAGGAGGUGGUCGGGGUGGAAGAGGUGGAAGAGGUGGAAGAGGUGGAAGAAGUGGAAGAAGUGGAAGAAAAUCCAGUGGUGCAAAGAAGAAAUUCGGCAAGAAUUUCGAAAUUGUCUGAGACACAGACAAGUCAAGACGUCUCUUCCAAAGGGCCUCAAAAUAAUCAAUCUGCUGGUGUUGGCCGUGGUCGUGGACGCAGAUUCAAAAAGACAGCAUCAAAAAGGCCAAUACAAACUCCUACCAGUACAUCAAAUAAAGCGCAGAGAACUCCACUUCGGGUGAGCAAUACAAAUAAAUGGAAAGCGCCCAAUAAAACCCCACAUUUAAAACACGAAAAGGAGAAUGCAGAUAAGAAGAAGAAGAGAAGAAACCGCAAAAAAAGACCCGAUCCUCCCAAUAACUUGAUUUUUGCCGGAAAUUCAAUGAAAAGCCCACUUUUACCGCACAUCAAGUCUCUACUCAAUGGCACCAGAGGAUUAGUGGUGGUAAAGAAGGGUGAAUUCACUGUCAAGCGCAUGCCCAAGGAGUCCUUUGCCUUAAUGGUGAACCGUUUAUCCAAAUCCAAAUUCGAACUCAAAUCGGCCAAUUUGCAGACGCCUGUUGGUCUCUAUAGUACAACCUUGAUGUUGAAAGAAACGACAGUGCCUAUGAGGACUGGUGCGACAAAUGCUGCAAAUAUGAAUAAGCCCAGGAGUAGUGAUUCAUCCGUGAAAAGACUCAGAUCCGCUGAAAGUGGAAUCUCGAAUUCUCAGACUCCAACAAGAUCCAAGGUCCCAGCAAAGACCAAAACCCCAUCAAGGCCUAAUACCCCUUCAAGAAGUAAAACCCCAUCAAAGCCUAUUACCCCUACUAGAUCUAAAACCCCAUCAAAGCCCAAUACCCCUUCAAGGUCAAAAACUCCUGCAAAGUCUAAUACCCCUUCAGGGUCUAAGACUGCGGCAAGAUCUCAGACUCCAGCAAAAUCCAAAACUCCAGCAAGAUCUAAAACACCAACAAAGUCUAAUACCCCAGUAAGGUCUAAAACUGCAGGAAAGUCCAAACCCUCACUCCAAUCGCGUAAAUCUAAUCAAGGUUUCAAAGCCCCUGGUAAACAAAGAAGAACGCUAAACAGGGGAAAUAGAAGAUCCACAAGAAGUAGAAGCAAUAGUACCAGAACAGCUUAG